AUGCUGCAUGUUUGGGUGGACAAUCCGUCAGGUCAUCCAUUUGUGGCUCGUAAAGAGAUCCAGAAGAUUACGUCUGGCAAACCACAAUUAUCAGAAAAAGUAGUUCACCCAGUUCGACGAAUCAUGCGUUCGUUGGUGAUUUGGGCUGUAUGGAUUGCUGUCAUUGGCAAUUUUCUCGUGUCUCAAUUUACGAUCUCUUAUUCACCCCUUUAUCUCUCCUAUACUUUGGGAUAUCCAAUAUCUAUUGCUGGUUUCCUUAUUAUGGCUCCUAUAGGUGGUCUGCUGAUUAUUAAACUGUUUACUGGAUUAGCAUCAGACAAGCUCACCUGCAUUUCUGAAGUAGCUAAAAUCCGUCUGUUCAAUUCGAUAGCAUUACUUGGUUCUGGAUUAUUCUUCAUACUGCUGACUAUCAUAUGUCCGACAGGGGAUGCUUUCGACGUUAUUCUGAUCAUUAUCCCAGUAGCCCUACUGGGAUUUUCUUCUGGUGGCUACGCUAAAUGUGCCGUUCUUGUAUCUCGACAACAUUCCCCGUUUGUUAUGUCUAUCGUACAG